AUGUUGGCCGGCCGCGUCGCAGCUCGGUCUUUCCGAGUGGCAGCUCCUCGAUUCCAGCUCGCGGCCACACGCUCCUUCGCCGAAGCCGCGGCAAAGCCUGCAGAUGCCAGCAGCAAGCCUCCUAUCGAGUUGUUCGGCGUCGAUGGCACCUAUGCCAGCGCUCUGUACACCGCGGCCUCCAAAUCCCAAUCCCUCGACUCCGUCUCCAAAGCCCUGGAGUCCCUGAACCAAACCUUCGAAAAGGACACUCGCUUGCAAGCCCUCAUCAGCGCCCCGACCCUCACCGCCUCCGACAAGAAGCAGAUCGUCACCGAGCUGCAAAAGACCACCAAUACCCAGGACAAGUCCAACACGGUCGCCAACUUCCUCGAAACCCUCGCGGAGAACAACCGCCUCAGCGUCCUCGAGGGCGUCUGCGAGAAGUUUGCCCAGCUGGUCAGCGCUGCGCAUGGUGAGGUCGAGAUGACCAUCACUUCGGCUGCACCCCUGGAUGCCAAGGUCGUCAAGCAGCUGGAGACGGCUGUGAGCAAGAGCCAGUAUGUUGGUGCAGGCAAGAAGUUGAAGGUUGUUCCAAAGGUCAACCCAGAAAUCCGCGGCGGCCUCGUGGUCGAAAUCGGCGACCGCACCAUUGACCUCAGCGUUUCCUCGAGAAUGUCCAAGAUGAACAAGCUCCUCCAAGAAACCUUGUAA